AUGCUCGGCUCUAAAGGACUGACUGUUGUGGACGUCUACCAGGGCUGGUGUGGACCCUGCAAACCCAUGGUUAGCCUCUUCCAAAAGAUGAGGAUCGAGGUUGGCUUGGACCGUCUCCAUUUUGCUUCGGCAGAGGCAGACCGCCUUGAUGUUCUGGAAAAGUACCAAGGGAAGUGCGAGCCAACCUUUCUGUUUUAUACAGCUACUGAUGAGGAACUUCUGGGUGCACUCAAGUGGCCUCCCCACAGAAAAGACGGUGGCGAAGAUGGGGACAUAGCGUCAUCAGGAAAGACCUGUACAUUGGGCAUCAUUAAGCCAGAUGCAGUGGCCCAUGGGAAGGCUGAGGAAAUCAUCAUGAAGAUCCAGGAAGCAGGAUUUGACAUACUAUUAAAAGAAGAGAGAACCCUGACAGAGGCAGAAAUGCAAGCGUUCUAUCAACACAGAGCCAGAGAGGAGGCAUUUGAGAGGCUAGUACAUCACAUGUGCAGCGGACCCAGCCACCUCCUGAUUCUCACCAAGACCGAGGGCACCGAGGAUGUAGUCACCGCUUGGCGAACCUUCCUGGGACCUUGUGACCCCAAUGUGGCCAGGAGGGAACAUCCCGAAAGUCUCCGGGCUCAGUACGGCACAGAAAUGCCUUUUAAUGCUGUGCAUGGAAGCCGGGACAGAGAGGACGCCAACAGAGAGCUGGCGCUGCUCUUCCCCAGUUUCAAGUUCUCAGAUAAAGACAAGGAAGCUCCACCGGGUGAGCCAUCUCAGCAGCCUCAACUCAAACUUACUGAAUUAGGCUAG